CAGCAGAAAGGAUGGUGAUGUCAGCCGUGGUGGUUGGUGGGGGGGUUAGAAGAAGGGAGGACCGCCUGGCCCUUUCCUGUUUCCAGCUCUCUCCUCCCCCUCCUCUUAUCAGUGCGGUUGGGAGCAGAAAAGGGGAUCAGUGGGCGAGCGCACGGAUUAACAGGCAGCCCCGAGCGAGGAGGUGGCACGGGACCACCUGGAGAACAGGCUGGCAUAGACAGGAGCAGGCUGAGCGGAAUGUUUGGAGUCCAUCAGGAGUGAAGCCGAUCCUCUUAUUCUGCGUUGAGCGGCGUCACCAUCGCAGUCACCAUGUACAGUGGAUAUGGAGGGAGUCCAUCAAGAGCGCUGUCCACCAUGUCGCUUUCAUCUCGCCCUGUCAGGCGCCUUACCUCCAGAUCUAUCACUAGGAGCCAGAGCUUCACUGGAGUCAACAGCCAGGACAAGCUUUACAGAAACCUUGCGGUGUUCAGCACCCCGGGUCUCAGCAGGAAGUCCAGCAGAGCCAGUAGAAUGUUCACAAUGUCCACCAAAUCUAACGCACCACCCAAAGUUCCACAGCCAGAGCGCCUGGAUGAAGUCUACGAGGCUCUGAAGAAAGGCCUCCAGUCUUACCUCCACUUCUGUCAGAAGGAUCUGGACAGCAUUAACAAACAGAUAAAGAAGUCAAAGAGGAACUCCAGACUGGGUUUCCUGUAUGAACAAGAUAAGCAAGUUAAAGUGAUCGAAAGAUUCAUCAGGCGACUGGAGUUUCACCUCAGCAAGGUUGAGGAGCACCAUGAAGCAUACUGCCUGGUGAGGAGGCUGAGAGACGGAGCUGACAAGAUGAUAAAGGCCUACACUGCCUCUCCAGGAAGCAAGGAGGCCAAGGAGUGUUUGGCAGAGGCUAAUAAAAGCUACAAGGAGUACACAGAGAGAAUGUGUGUUUUGGAGAAUGAGCUGGAGAGCCAGCUGGGAGAGUUUCACAUUAGAAUGAAAGGUCUCGCUGGAUUUGCCAGGUUGUGUGCCGGUGAUCAGUACGAGGUCCUUAUGAAGUACGGCCGGCAGCGGUGGAAACUCCGUGGGCAAAUGGAAAUCAACGGCAAGCAAGUGUGGGACGGUGAAAAGAUGCUGUUCGUCCCGCUCAUCGGCGAGUUUCUCACCGUGAAGGUAACAGAGCUGAAGAGCCUGGCCAACCAUGUCAUAGUAGGAAACGUUUCCUGUGACAUGAAGGACCUGUUUGCUCCGCUGCCUCAAAUGGUAGCUGUGGACAUCAAUGAUCUUGGGACCAUCAAACUGAGCCUGGAGGUCACCUGGAAUCCGUUUGACACAGAUGAGCCAGGAGGACCCAUUAGUCCGAUAAUCAAACCGACUGCUGACAGCGGCAGGUUUUCAAUACAUGUCACCCCUCUUCCUCCUGACACCGCACACCCACCAGAUCAAGUCUUCCCCAAGCCAAUCCCUAAGCACAAUGGAAAUGUCUGGUCCAACUCCUCUGAGUCUUCUGGCAACUCCCCCAGCCCUCCCCCAGCUGUCCUGGAUCGGUGCAGCUCCCCACCCCACAACGGUUUGACCAGCGACCCACCUGUGGGAAACAGCCCCUCCCCUAUACCAGACGACUCAGAGACAGCCAGCAGCCACAGCUCGGGGCAUUACUCCCGCUCCCUGAGCCACAUCAGUGAGAGCAGCACUAACGAAGCCCCCGUGGACAACAAACAAGACAACUCAUCUCUGGUCUCUAAGAUCUCUGUCAGGGACAUCAACGUGAUAAUAGACACUAGCCCCACUGCUUCAUCUGCUGACACCUCAGGAACGAGGCCCUCCAAUGAUCCAGAGACCUCUUUGCCUUGUCCUGACCUUCAGUCACCCUCCGGACAGGGCUUGGACGGUGACUUUGACUUAUACAGAGAGGAGAGCCCACAACCAGUGAGCAUAGAUCCCAUGUCUGGUUGGGAGCCGGUGGGAGAGGACACCACAGAUGACCCGUUCAGGGAGGGAGACGCUCUGCCGGACAGUGGCUUGAAGGAUGCUCUGGGAGCUGUGCUGUCCUCCCUGGAUGAUUGCAGAGGACAGUUCCCUCAGUUACAUCUCCUGGAGCAGGAGCUGCAGCUGCUGCAGGUCAUUCUGAAGGGAGGCAGGCACAACCACUCACCCAGUACGGUCAGCCUCACCGUGGAGACGGCUCUGGGUAGCUUUGACUUCCUUGACCUGUCAGAUUGGGAGGAAGAAGACGAAGUGGAGAGGAUCAUGAGGAGAAAAAGAAAGGCCAGGUCUCAGCAGCUCAGGAGUCGGGACAGCCCUGCCUCCCCACCCUCCCCACCCUCACCCCUCACCACUGGCUGCACCACCCUAGACUCCAGUCUCGUGGUCCACUUGAGGAAUUGCAGGGCUCAGCUAUUGCGUCUGGGAACCUUCGGCCCUCUGCGGUGUGGAGAGAUGUACGCUUUAGACCGACUGCAGAGGGAGAUUCCUGUCUUCGCGAUCAUCCGCAACAUCAUCAAAGACGACCCGUGUCGCCUCAGACAGGCGACUGAAGUCAUCCCUCAGCUGGGUCUGUGUUUGGGUGCUGUAUCGCUAUGGCAACAGUGUUCUGGCCAGGGCAGCAUGUACUGCUGCUCUGCUGACAUUUUCCUGGCCACGCUGUCCAAGAUUUACAGCGAUGACGUAGAUGACACAGUGUUCCUUUACAUGACCGAGCGAAUCCUGGAUCAGAGGUUACCGAGGAGAGGCAGCAGCAGAGACGGGCUGAUGGUGACGCUGUUCCAGCUCUGGAACUACCUGGAUUCCAACAAGAUCAGUGACGUGGACACACACGUGACUGAGCUGGCUAAAGAGGUGUCGUUUAUCCAGAAACUGGAGUCCUGUGACCAGGAUCAGAUUCUGGGCGCUCUGCGGCGCCCCUCAGAGGGCAGCCUAAAGAGGGAGGGGCUUCAGGCAGUGGCCAAGCUGCUCAGAGACCCCAGAGGAAAAGUGUCGUCUUCUGCCAGCAGUUUGCUGAGAGGCCUGGUCGGUCAUCCCCGACAGAGGGAAAAGGCUUUAGUCAGCUGUUUGGAGCUUCUAGAGGACAAGAACAUGGACACCAGAAUCUGUGGAUGCAAGGCUCUGGCAUGCCUGAAGGCUAAUGAGAGCAUCGAGCAACUGAUGCAUCUGUGUCAGACGGAUAGGGAGGAGGUCCGGGAUGCUGCCAAGCAAACACUGCUGCUGCUGGGCGAGGAGGGAAAGAUGGCCCACAGACACAUGGAGAUGUCUCAGGGCAGCUUACCGAGGUUCUUCGCUCCAGGAAGCAUGGCCAGCACGGCGUUCUGACCACACCAAGCCAAAGUCCCCUCACUCCGUCUCACCUCAGCUGGAGCGGCUGCUGAAGCACACCGCCUUCAUGCACCAAUCAACUGUCCUGCUCAUCAUAAAGCCUGUUGGACUGAUGGGAGACGCUCCAUCCUCUUUGACCCAGAACAUAGAAUCAGAUGUUUCCGAAUGUUCUGAAGAUCAAAUCAGUUCUUGGUUUGAACCACUAAGAGAAACAAAACAAAGUCAGGAUGGACACGAGUCUGUGCAGUGCUCUGCAAACCACAGUGAUGAACUGUCUAAUGCCAGUCGGCUGUGGAGCCUUCAUCUUCAUCAGGACGGCUGCCUGAAGUCCACAAACCCACACAACCAAGAGCGGCCUCACAUGCACCCGUGAACGCUUCUCCUCCUCCUCCUUAAGCCUUAAUGAAGACUUUCUGAAGCUGCUGCUGUCAUUCUUGCAGAGUUCUCUGCAGGUUGUGGAAGUAUGAGGUCUGUGUGGACAGUCAAAAACUAGCAGGCCCAGUUCUUCCAUGACCACAAAGCUUUAUGCUGACACUUCAUUGUCACACAAAUAUGGGGAAAACGCCGCCGGUUGUGGCCUAAAUGCAGAUAUACUAAUGGAUUCUGUCACAUGCUCUUAGUUCUGCUGCAGAAAAACCAGAGGGACAGAUUCAAGCCAAAACAGCUGGAUGUGUUCAGAGGGAGUUGCAGCACCUGUGCGUGCUCAAGGGGGCGCCGCUCAGCUGUGUAAUCCUCCAGCGAUGCCUGCCUCAGGGGUUUUCAUAACGUAGUGGAGGUUUCAGCCGUGGUGGAACUGAGGUGUGAGCGUUUAAACUUUGACAGUUUCUGCUCAGCUGUUUGCUUCCAGAAACUUUUGAUGGAAAUAUUUAUGUCAGAUCUGGAUUUUGCAUCCUUAAAACCCAUCUCUAAAAAAAAGUGCCAUUUUUUUCUGAAAUUUUUGUAUUAUUUGACAGACACAGACAGAUUUUAGAUUAAAUUCCUUUAUACCUGAACCCCCCCUCCCUGCCUCCAUCGUUCUGAAGGUUACCUGCUCUCUGAAUAAGCGAUCAGGGAGAAGUCACCUUUGCACUUUUUUCUGUUUUCCUUUUUUCUCUGGAAUUAAAUUCUUGUUUUUAGAAACACUGAAGCUGAAUUCUUGUAAACGUGUCUGUCAAAGAUCAACACUAAUGAAAAACAGAUUUCAUUGCACUUUAAAAAAAAAGCUUUAUAUUUUUCUACACUGACUUUUUCAUGCUUUAAAUUGUUCUUUGAUAACUUUUCUAGUGUUAAUUCUUUAGGGCUGAAAUGAAUGUGAUUUUGCUGUGGGAUGAGGGCGUCUUCUCUCUUGCUGCAUUUUUAUUUUUUUUCAGCAUCUGUUUUUGAUUUGGGAUCUGGACCGUCAGUAAAAGCUCACAGAUGAUCAGAGGGUCUAAGCAUCUGCGUCACACUGAACGGGUGACGUUGUUUUCAUGGUGGGCGGGAUCUCACAUGAGGCUGGAAACUCAAAACAUUUCAGUUUGGGUUUGUCGGGUUCAUGAAAUGAUUCUUUGUUCAGCUGCUGCGGCUGAAGGUCACUCCAGCCUCAUCAGCUGCACGUCACUGUGCCUUCAGAAAGUCUCACGGCUUCCCCAUCAAUCAAUAACCUUCCCCUCUUCUCCCGGAUGUGUGAACAUCCCAUAAUAACUAUGUGGAAUCUGCAAAUUAGGACACAGCUUCAGUCUUGAAUGAGUGUUGGGUGUUUAUUGUGCCAACAAACUGCAAUUUUUUCAUGCUUUGUACAUCAUAGAUGCAGAUUCUGAAGAAAAUAAUGAACAAUAAAUAUAAGUGUCUGUGGAGGGGGGGGCUCUGGGGGAUCCAGCUGUGACAUGUGUUGUUGGAGUCCCAUGUUUGGAUGCUUUGGAUGGUCCGUCUGUUUCUGCUGCAGCUGCGGUGUUGUGCAUCCUUCAAGUGCCUCAAACAUGUAUCAUCACAGAGACUGAAGAUGUUGGUGAACUGUUUUAUUUAGGACUGUGAAGCAGAGGAGCCCAGUUUGUCCGGAGGCUGAUUUUACAAUGGACAUUUAUUUUAAGACACUGUUUUAAAAUGUAAACAAAUGAUUAAAAAGAAGUCCAAAAACCA